AUGUACAGCAGGAUACUUAAUGUGUUGAAUGACUUCGCCGGUCGAGACUGGCAGCUGGCAGCAUUAGCCUGCAAGACGAUCUGGAACUGCGUUGAGACCACUUCGACGCCACGGGCAGCAGCAAUUGAAGACAGUCCGCCACCUCUGAAUGAAGAGGCCCGUUAUGAGUUGAUCGAACUGUUGCUUGCUUUUACAGGUACCUGCCUUCUCUUUUUGAAGAGAUAA